AUGGACAAGUUGAAGGUGGCCGACAAGGCAUAUCCCACGCGGCAUCCGGUGCCGAUUUCAUCGCCUGUUUUUGUCGUCGCCAAAGAUGGUAAACUGGAUGAGCACAACGGACGCAUGGUAAUGGAUAUCCGACCAGUCAACAUAAAUGCGAUAACAGAUUUCUAUCCCAUGAAGACGAUGGACAACAUUAUAGCAAAAGCAGCAGACGCUACACACAUCUCGACUUUCGACGCCAUGGCAUUCUUCUACCAAUGGAAGGUGCACCCAUCACAAUGGGCAUUCACAGUCACCACCGAAGGACAAUACACAUUUCGCGUGCCAAUCAUGGGCUACAAGAAUUCAAUUCCGUAUGUGCAGAGGCAAAUGGAUUCGACACUGCGCGGCACAGCAGCCGAUGGAUACUGCCACGACGAUGAGGGCGUCAUCUAG